CACCCGGAAGCGGAAAGUCCCGGCGGCAGCAGCGGCGGCGGCGCGAGGUUCUUGGCGGCGCGUGUGUGAGCGCGGGAGCGGCGGCGGCGUCAUCUGCAGCCCCACUGAACGGCUGACCUUUUUCCGGCGACGUGAAAGCGAGGCGUUUUGACUAGGACUUUGGUUGGAGCCUCUUAAACAAACCCAAGAGCGAGAUGACCCCUGAGGAGCUGCAGAAGCGGGAGGAGGAGGAGUUCAACACGGGGCCCCUGUCCGUCCUCACCCAGUCGGUCAAGAACAACACCCAGGUGCUGAUCAACUGUCGCAACAACAAGAAGCUGCUGGGACGCGUCAAGGCCUUUGACAGGCACUGUAACAUGGUGCUGGAGAACGUCAAGGAGAUGUGGACGGAGGUGCCCAAGAGCGGCAAGGGCAAGAAGAAAUCCAAGCCCGUCAACAAGGAUCGCUACAUCUCCAAGAUGUUCCUGCGGGGGGACUCUGUCAUUGUGGUGCUGAGGAACCCCCUCAUCGCCGGCAAAUAGAGAACUGUCCCAAGGCCCCAGCCUCACCCUGGCGUGACCCAGAGCCAGGCUGAGCGGGGAACCUGCCUCCAGCCCUUCUGGAUGAAGCCUGCUGGCUGCAUCGCUUGUGAAGACCGUCCCGUUCAGAAACAGCUCUGCUGAGCUCUCCCCAGGUGUCGCCUGUACCUCCCUUAUUAGCCCUUAGAGCGCCGAGGGCUGGGCACAGCUCCCCUGCCCGCCCCGUUGCUGCCUCCACCUCCCACCUUCCCGUGGGAUUGGAAGGGGGUUUCCGGGAGCAGAACUGGUCAGGAGAUCCCAGC